UUUAUAAUUUCUUUUUGUAUAUUUUCAUCAUAAUAAUUUUACGUUUAAUAGCUGCUAUUACGUCUAUCUAUUAAAUAUCUAUUAUUUUUUAAACAGAGACGCCAUCCAUGCUAAAUGUACAAAAUGGGUAAAAAUAAAAUGAUCGCGAAAAGCUGUCCUAAAUGCGAACUACAGGUGGCUGUAGCAUCAAAGUCAUGUAAGUGUGGGCACACGUUCUUCGCGGCACGACGUGGUGCCGACACACUGCCGGCUUCUGAAGAUAUUAGACGAAGGACUGGAAGAGUGAGACGUUCACAGCCGCAGUUUUAUGAUUCACAGCACUACCAGAAGGAAAAGAAGAAAUCGCCAAAGAAAAGAUCUCUAUCUACAACUAUUGAAAAUGAUUUCAAGAAAGAAAAGGGAGAAACUGUUGUUUAUAUUCCAGCAACUGCAAGGGCUCGUCGUAGACGUGCCUUGAAACGCGCCAAUCGCUCCCCAGCUGUUGGCGAGCGAGGACGUGAUCCAACACCUCAGUUAAAACCAGCACAAAUCGCUAGAUGCAAUGUUAUCUUACAAGAGAUUAAUAGGAAAAUGCGUGCUGUCACUUGGCGCCCACCAACUGACAGUUGAAAAGAACAAAACUUGUCUAUGGUUGUACUUGAUAUUGACAUGUGUCGAUUUUUAAUACAAAAAUUAAAUUCAAACAAGGAUAUUUGAAUCUGUAAAAGGCAUUGCUACGUCGGUUGGGUUCGACGCAAUAUAUAAAACCUACUUAGAUAUAGAAAAUGACAUGACGUCUACAGUAUUAAGAUCUUCUGACAAUAUUUGACUUUGAUAAAGGGGUGCUAGUGAGCUGUCAAAAUUUGACUUGCCCGGUUCGGAUAGCCUUGGUAUAUAUGUUGGGUUAGUUCAUCUAUUCUACUUGAUAUAUAACCCUUAAGGGUUAAAGAUGUCUAAGUAUUGAAAACUGAAAAUUCUAACAUCCUGUAUAGUAUUUUACAAUUGCGCCAACAAUUAUUAGAAGUUAAACUUCAUAUGCAAACAGAAUCUUAAUUAGUCUUGUAAUUUAUAUAACUUUUUAUAGUAUUGUUU